AUGCAUCUCAAGACUCUAUCCCUCCUCCUCCUCGGCCAAGCCCUAGCCACCCCGCUCGAGACUCGCCAGAGCUGCCCUCAAAUCCACGUCUUUGGCGCCCGCGAGACCACCGCUUCGCCUGGCUACGGCUCGUCCAGCACCGUGGUUAAUGCGGUCCUCAACGCCUAUCCCGGCUCCACUUCCGAGGCCAUAAACUACCCUGCAUGCGGAGGUCAGGCCUCGUGCGGUGGCGCCAGCUAUUCGGCUUCGGUGUCUGCUGGAAUCGACGCUGUCGCCUCGGCCGUGAAUUCGUUCAAUUCGCGGUGCCCGGCUACUAAGAUUGUGCUCGUUGGGUACUCGCAGGGCGGCGAGAUUAUCGAUGCAGCGCUUUGCGGCGGCGGAGUUCCCAACCAGGGAAUCACCAACACGGCCGUCCGCCUGUCCUCGUCGGCAGUGAACAUGGUCAAAGCAGCCAUAUUCAUGGGUGAGCCGCUGUUCCGGGCUGGAUUGCCAUACAGCGUUGGCACCUGUUCCGCCGGUGGGUUUGAUGCUCGUCCGGCUGGCUUUAGCUGCCCCUCUGCAAGCAAGAUCCAGUCGUACUGUGACGGACCUGAUCCGUACUGCUGCAAUGGAAACAAUGCAGCGACGCACAAUGGGUAUGGGGGUGUGUAUGGACAGGCGGCUUUGCAGUUUAUUCGGGGCAAGUUGGCGUAG